AACCCGUUAGAGUGAUCCACGGCAGCCAUCCGGGGCAAAGUUCUGGCCAAAUGAUCGAACCAAAAUCUAUUGAACGAUUAGCUAUACUUUUGUAAACCCGUCAGGCGUCGUCUUGUAAGACAUUUCUUUUCUUUUCUGUGUGCUCUGGGUCAGUUAUAGACUCAGGAAAGUCCAAAAAUGAGUCUUUUUAAAGGGCGCUUCGUGGCUCUGCUCUAUGAGAAGAACUGUGUGACUGAUCAGAUGGCGGCGCUCGAACAAAAAACGGGAGUGAAGAGAGAAUAUAUCGCUUUUGGUAUUUUAAGUUUGAUGGGACUCUAUCUGCUGUUUGGAUAUGGGGCCUCUCUUCUCUGCAACCUGAUUGGUUUCAUCUACCCGGCAUUUUUCUCCAUCAAGGCCAUUGAGAGCAAAGCUAAGGAGGAUGACACACAGUGGCUGACCUACUGGGUCGUCUAUGGGUUCUUCAGCAUCAUAGAGGCUUUCGCUGACAUCUUUCUUUUCUGGUUCCCUUUUUACUAUGCUGGCAAGUGCGUCUUCCUCUUAUGGUGCAUGGCUCCAGUGACUUGGAACGGUUCUAACAUCUUGUACAGGAAGGUGAUCCGGCCAUUUUUCCUCAAACACGAGGCCGCUAUGGACGGCAUGGUCAGCGAUCUGACUGCCAGGGCUAAGAGCCUAACGGAAACCGUCACCAAGGAGGCUGUGAACCAUGCCCUCAGCCACGAGAAGGACCAGUGACAGACAUGUGAAGGCUUUGUGUGUGUGUGUGUGAUUGUAGGCACAGGCUACAAGUCAGCAACUUUGUGUUUGUUAGAUCAUUGGGGGAGUAACCCCAAUGAUCAAUACCCCCUGUGACUUUUCAUUGGUACUGCCAAGAUGAUAAGUGGCACUGUGACCUUUUUAUGUGAUCUUAUGUUGUGUUGAUGUAUAAAAAAGUAAUUACCUGCCUGCAGGUUGUCUGGGACUCUGAUGUAGGCUUCAUCAUUCUGUCUGAGCCAGCUGUGACAGACAAUUAACACUUAAAAACACUGUGAAAGCAUGAACACCGAUCCAGUUAUGAUUAUUAUUAUUAUUUUUAUUGUCUUCUUGAUCUUAAAAAGCCUUAUUCUGUCAAACCAUAUUUAAGGUACGUUGUACUGGUGGGAAGAGUCUCACUCUAAACUGGAAAAAAACAAAAAAAAUUCUGCUUUUACAUUAUUGUCAAAACUGGAAUAGUGAUGAACUGA